CCAUAUAUUUUUCAAUUGACGAGAGAAUAUACCCAAACUCCAAAGUGAUACUUUGCAUACGUUCUGGGCUGUUGGAACAUUAUAUUUAUUUUAAGAUAUUUAUUUUCAUUUGUGAUUUUAACAAUAAAGAAGAGGAUUAAAACGUCUCAAAAUAAUGGAGAUUGAAAUGCCAAAAACAUACCAGAGUCAACAGGACAUGGAUUUGAUUGACAUCCUGUGGAGGCAGGACAUAGAUCUUGGUGCAGGGCGUGAAGUUUUCGAUUACAGCCACAGACAGAAGGAGUACGAGCUUGAGAAACAGAAGAAACUUGAGAAAGAGAGGCAGGAGCAGCUCCAGAAAGAGGAAGAGAAAGCCUUGCUUGCUCAGCUGCAGCUGGAUGAAGAGACAGGGGAGUUUGUUCCCCGGCUAGCACAACACAUUAAACCUGAAGCUUCCCCAGUGCCCAGAGAGGCCUCACAGCAUGUUGUUAUCUCAGAAGAAGAUGGAGCGGCUCUGUCGUUUGAUGAAUGCAUGCAGCUACUGGCAGAGUCAUUCCCGCUGGUAGAAGACAUUGCGGUUUCCCCAGCUGCACUCGAGCCUUUAGUUCCAGACCCGACUGGAAGCAGCCCGGUCCUAAUGGCUCCCCACCAGCCUCAGCAAGCUCAGGCUUCUCUCCUCACGUCUCCACUGCCGGAUCACAAAUCUGCACAGGACAUUGAGCAAGCCUGGCAAGAGCUGCUUUCCAUCCCUGAGCUGCAGCAAUGUCUAAACAUGCCAGAUUUGACAGAGCUGAGCAGCUACACAAUCCCAAACAAGCCUCCAGAGAUUCAGAAUGUAAAUUACAACUUUUACAUGUCUAAUCCAGCAGAAGCCAUGGCAAGCGCUGCCGAUCCAGGCUGCCCUGGAGGAUUUCUCAGCUCAUUUGAAAGCACCUAUACUAAUGUCAUUCCACCUGAGAACCUAAAUCAGAUGACUAUAAACACCUCUGAUCUGAACACACCCUUCGGCUCCGGCAGCAUUUGUGAAAUGUUUUACCCUUCCCAUAUAAACACAAACAUUAACAACAUUCCACCAACAAAUAACGUGAACACACCGUUAGCUGACCUGCUGAGCAAGCCACCUCUAAAACCAAUGGAUAUCUCUGGCUUUACAGUGCCUGAAGGUUUUGAGAGUAACCCACCUCAGAACAUACCAGAAUUACCAGAUUCUGACUCAGGCCUGUCAAUGGAUGCAAGUCCUGUUGCAUCCUCACCAGAAGGCUCAGUGAAGUCUUCCAUUUAUGGAGAUGCAGCUUUCGGAAACAGUGACUCCGACAUGGAAGACAUGGACAGCAGUCCUGGAAGCGUCCAGCCCGAGUUUGCAAAAAUGUUUCCAUUGUCCUACCAUGGGGAUGGUUAUCAGGCAUCACCUUCUACUGCACAGACAAACCAAACUUUCAAUCUGGAGCCAAAAACACCAAAGAAGGAACUGCCUACAAGCCCUGGUCACAUCAAACCACCCUUUACUAAAGACAAGAGCAGAAGACGCUUGGAGUCUCGUCUCUCGAGAGAUGAGCAGCGUGCAAAGGCGCUUCAGAUACCUUUCCCCAUAGACAACAUUAUAAACCUUCCUGUGGAUGACUUCAAUGAAAUCAUGUCCAAGCACCAGCUCAAUGAAGCCCAGCUGGCUCUGAUUCGGGAUAUACGCAGACGAGGCAAAAACAAGAUUGCGGCUCAGAACUGUCGCAAGCGGAAAAUGGAGAACAUUGUGGGUUUGGAAUACGACCUCGACAGUUUGAAAGACGAGAAGGAGAAGCAGUUGAAAGAGAAGGAGGAGAAUGACAGAAGCCUACUUCAGCUAAAACAGCAACUCAACGACCUGUAUCUUGAAGUCUUCAGCAUGCUGCGUGAUAAGGAUGGGAAGCCCUAUUCCCCCAGUGAAUAUUCACUUCAGCAGACCUCUGACGGCAGCGUAUUUCUCAUUCCAAAGAGCAAAAAGUCACAACUCAAGAAAAAAGUGAAGUAAUAUUUUUUGCUUACUUGGACAUUUUUUGUACUGCAUUACCAUAAUCUCUCUCCUGGUUGUGCUUAAAGUAAACAAAUCCUAUGCAAACUAUAUUAUCCUUUAGCCAUUGUACUUCUAAAAGAGAAGUAUAUCUCAGCUACAUUAACAUAUAGCUUAUGAAUACUGUAUAUAACUAUGCUGAUUUGUCAUGUAUCUACUUUAGACUUAUUUUGUACUGCUAUUGCUUUUUCCAAAAGUAUUUUCCUUAUGGUUUGUAAAUAAUUUCUAUUCUCUUAUUUGCUAUAUAAAUAUUACAUAGAUUUUUAAGAAUCACAUUUUAGUAUGCCAAUGAUCCUGUGUUGCAAAUCAUUGUGUGAUUUAAAAAGACAUUUUAUAAAUGAUUUAAGGAUUUUUGAAUUGAUCGAUUGGCUUUAAUUUUCUUGUGCUUUAUAAAAAAGGUAAAUAAACUAUCCAUUUAGUAUAAACAUCAGAAUUGUUCUUCAGUCUUUAUGGGUUAUUGUAUAAGCAUGUAUCUUAAAACUCACGCAAAGCUGAAAAUUCCCCCCCCCCGCCUAUUUUCACUUCUUAUUGCCAUCAAAGCAGUUUGGGAACGCCUACUAAAAAUAAGAUACUAUAGUUUAUGAAUGAGCCAAUAUAAAAUAAUGAAUGUAUGGAAUAUGUUAAGCCAUUCUAAUUGACUCAUUUUCCUAACUUUCUAAUAAAAGACAAAGGUCUCUAUAGGAUAAGAAUUUGCCAAGACUCAACAGCCAAAAACAAAAUACUUACUAGGGAAGUUGUUUCCUUAUUCAUGGAACUACCAAAGGGUAUAUUUGCAGAAAUGGCCUUGUCUACUGCAAUAUUCAUGUCUUCCAGGCAUAUCAAAUCCUAUGUAAGGUCAGUUAUGAAAUUUUGUAAAUUUUUCAUGGCAUACAGAUUUUUUAUUUUUUUUUUAAAAGUGUUGCAAGUCAGAAUGGAGAAGUGGACCUAGAUAGUGAAUUUAUGCAUGCUAGUUCCAGUAAAGAUGAAACCACUCCCAUGGCUGUCACUUUAUCCUUCGGCGAUGCACCGUGAUGCUCUAUGGUUGUUGGAAUCGUUCCAGAAAGAGAAGGUAACAUUUUUGUAGAAUUGUUUAAAUUAUCACCCUAGUUUUAUUAGUAAGGCAGGAAAACAUGAACUAGUGCAACUCUAACAAGAAUGAUCCAGAUGGAAUAUUUACAACUUUUUUGUUAAUGGGAGCAGAUUCCAGCAGUUCUUGCUGUCCAUGGCUUUACCUCAGAAUACAUACAUCACUAAGUGUUUUUUCCCCAUACAUAUGAUACAAACAUUCAAGUUCAAACAAACAUAGUUGGCAUUCUGUCAGAAACAUAAAAGCACACACGCAAAGUGAAGUUCAAUGUCAAAUUAGGAAACAAAAUAGUAACAGAAAUACUAUGUUUGCAUAGAGCCGGGAUAGAACAAAAAACUUGACUGAAAUGGAAUAACAACCUGGUUCCAGAGUUUGCCAGCCAGCUGUUUUGUAUUAAGCUUUUUUUUUUCCCUGAUAAAGAACACAUUUCAGUUGGUAACAGUAACCUUAAAUGUAGACACAUACAUAAAAUAUGGUUCUUAGGAAUUUUUUGAUAUACCGUGUUAGUGUGUGUAAAUAAAAUGAAAAUCAAACCCAACACCUUUAUUAACCUUGGCAGUACACUGCAUAUGAACUCUGACAGCUGAAGAUUCUUCAUCUCAUGAAAUGUUAAACAGUUGUUAUGAAUGCAUUAAUGCUCAAAUUGAAGUUUGUCAUAAGAUAAUUUUUGCUGUGCAUGAAAACAAAAUUCUGGUUAUGAUUUUAAUCUAUUUCACUUUUAGGCAAAGGUUUGAAACAUACUGUACAUACAUACAUUUAUUUUUUGGUAUGGAUAAAGAAUUAAAAUUAAAACAGGAAUACAAGUUCAAUAAGGAAUUGUCUUUAUUAAACUUAUGUUGGUACUUUACCAAAUUAAGUACAAAAUUACAAAAUAAAUACUCGAGUGCCUGUAUAGGAAUUUCACAUCUCACUGUAAUCUACUGCCGGAUCCCACAGUGCUAUAGAUCUUGAAAUGUAUUAAUAUAGAUUAGUAG